AUGGGUAAACUUAACUUCUUCGGAAAGAAAAAACCUACCGACGGCGAGCUCUCUUCUCCUACUUCCCUUGAGCCACCAAAACUAUCUAUCGGUUCCUUACCCGCUAUAACCUCAGAUUCCCUUUCGCCCAUUACUCCCGAGCCACGCCCAGAGAAACAGACAAACUUGCUGGACGAGAUAUUCACUCAACUCAAUUCCGGAUCUGCUUCUCCGAAUACUGGUGAUAAAACCUACGACGAUGACAUUGGUCUCGCUCUCGAAUUCUCCCGUCGCCUAGAUUUCUCAUACAACACUUCGGCCAGAUUCAAUCUACCACCCCCAGGCGCAACCACUACAACCACUACAUCUACCACUUUCAAAAACAACAAUACGACACUCACAAAUAGCAAUACUACUCUCACAACUCAAUCCAAACCCGCCGCAGUUCACCGACCACCAGACAGCGACGACUCGAGUGUAUCCAGUACAUCUUCAAAAAAUCGCUCAAAAAAGUCAAAAAACCGAGGCAAGAAACAACUCGAUAGCGACGAUGAUUCAUCCUCGGAUGGUGGUUCCUCAUCAACGCGUCGUCCUAAUCGAAAGCCGCCUGUCGAUCCGGCCGUUCAACGUAGAAAAGCUGCUCACGAAAAAAUUAGCGCAGUAGCCAACUGGGUCGAAGAAGUAGAUCCAAAAGAUGGCGAGAACAAUGUAUUGGAUAGAAUGAAAGAUAGACACAGAGUUGAAACGCGUGCUUUGAUCAAUAUACCAAACAACUCGUCUGCAAACUUACCCCCCGGCCCUCCGCAACAUCCAUUUGCUGACGAUCCAUAUUAUCCAAUGGACAAUGGUGACUAUUAUGAUCCGCGUUAUCCUCCGUACGACAACAGAAUUUACGACGCUCCCGUCCGGGACGACCACCGCAUUCCUCCUCCCCAAGCAGUUCCGCGUGGAUAUCCUCCAUAUCCGGAAGACAGGAGAGAUGAAAGGUACCCGAGAGAUCCUCGUCAACCAUACCCUGAAGACUUCAGGGACGAUCCCCGCUAUCCACCGCAGCGCAUACCUCGCAACAUGGACGAUCCUCGUGAGGACUAUUCGCGGCAUCGUCCACACAACGGUGGUCCCCCCGUGCCCAGAUCUCGCUAUCCUGACCAGCACAAUCGUUCAGCUGAAUCACCAACCCGUAGUGAAACGGGAAGAAGGUUUGAUGACGAAAGAAGAGUGCCUUCAAAUAGUACUUCUUCAAACUCAUCGACUACUUCGGAUCCACCGCCAAUGCUUUACAAGUCAAGAGACCAAAAAUUGAAACAUCACAUAUCACAAAACGUCUUAUCCAAUAAUAGAAAAAGCGAUGAAAGGCUAGAUAAAGCAAAAGAUAAGGGUGUUGAAGAAAGAAUAAAAAGAGAUCGUCACUCGCCUCAAUCUUCGGUUUCGUCGAAGGGAGAUCUUCAGAGAAACGAGGAUAGGGACAAAAGCAAGAAGGGAGAAAAUGGAAACGUGAUAUCAUCAAAAGCAUCAUCCGCUUCUUCGCACUCAAGUAAUGGUCGUGGUGUAAAUGAAGCUCGAGGAAACUAUGAAAAUAGAAUGAGUUAUGACAGCAGGGGAGGAUCUGAUAAUCGUGGUGGCUAUGACAGCAGGGGAGGAUCUGAUAAUCGUGGGGGUUAUGACAACAGAGGAGGACCUGAUAAUCGUGGGGUCUAUGACAAUAGAGGAGGAUAUGAAGGUCGAGGUGGAUAUGAAGGUCGGGGAGGAUACGAAGGUCGGGGAGGGUAUGAAGGUCGGGGAGGGUAUGAAAAUCGAGGGGGUUAUGAAGGUCGAGGAGGAUACGAAGGUCGGGGAGGGUACGAAAAUCGAGGAGGGUAUGAAGGUCGAGGAGGAUACGAAGGUCGAGGAGGAUACGAAGGUCGGGGAGGUUAUGAAGGUCGGGGAGGGUAUGAAGGACGGGGAGGUUAUGAAGGACGGGGAGGGUAUGAUUCAAAACCAUAUGAUACAAAACCACCUCCCCAAAUCUCAAAACAUUCUCCUCAACCCGACGACUUGCUUCAUCGUACUCGUGAAGUGCCUAAUGUUUCAAAUCCAAAUCGCAAUUCAUAUUCCUCUGAAGACAGUGACCAUGCUCCACUUGCUACGAAAAUGCAAUCAUCAGGUUCAGUUGCUCAACCAAAGCAAGAGAAAAAACCGCCUAGGAGGAUUUUAGACUCGGAUUCUUCAAGCGAUGAGGAAGAGGAAGAAAGCGAUAGUGAUGAUGAACAACCAUUGAGCAAGGCGGUAAAUGGUAACGGUGCAAUGCCGGGAAGAGGUGGUUAUUAUCCGAAUCCACCGGGUUCGCUACGAUCCGAUGAUUAUGAUGUGCGUGGAAAUGGUGCGCCAGUUCAGCCUGGUAAUCUACAGUUGCCAUCAAAAUACGCACCGGCAUACGAUCAUCGCUAUUCAUCCCCCCCUCCCCCUCCCCCGCCUCCGCAUUCUAAUUCGAGAUACGGAGGCUUCCGUGAAGAUUCUGCCAAUCGAUUCGCACCAGUUCCUUACCGAGACGAAACUCUUCCAUACGAUGUUCCGCCGCGUCACCCUCCUAAUUAUUACGCACCACCACCGCCACAAAGAGACGAUGUUCAAUACGAUGCACGGGCUCGUUAUGGAAAUGCACCAAUUCCUCCUGCCCCACCAGUUGUCGAACAGCCGGCUGUCGAUCCAUCACUUUCAUCUCAGAAAUUACCCCUUAUAGAAAUGGCAGGCUAUCGAUACGAAGCAAAUAAACGAACACCUAUUAGUACACAAAGUACUGGGCCCUUCUUAAGUAAUCUUGAUUCGAAAAUUAGAUCAACAUCUCCGAUGAGGUAUGGAGACGGACAACAGGGUGCAGGAGGAAGGGGUGGCCAAUAUACUAGAGGGGCGUAUGGGAAUGAGAGGGCAGCACCGUCUGGACGGGGCAUGUACAAUAAUCAACAACCAGCAAGAACACGUGGAAUGUCGAAUGGGGGAGGACCAAUGAGGACUGGAUAUAGCAAUGGAUACGGCAAUGGGUACAACAAUGGAUAUAAUGGAUACGUCAACGGAUAUAGUAAUUAUCACGAUGAUUUUUAA